AUGGAGUUCAUGGCAGGUUAUGCGGCCGCGAAGGCCCCUUACUCCACUUAUCAAGUCGAGCCCGCAUCGCAAUCACAUCGCUCCAACAUCAACAAGCCAACACGCUCCAAUUCAACGUCGGGAACACACAAGAAGCGUUCGCGCAUUCCCGGACACGCGCGAACGAACAGUGCCAGCACAAGCGGAAGCGGAAGUGGAAGCGGCAGCGGCCCGGGCGCGCGUAACGACAGGGACGACGUUAGCGGAGUCCGGACCGACCCUGUGACAUCAGCGACGAAUCUCCUGAGUCCUGUGAGCGCCGGAGCUGCUGGAGCUCCCACAGGCCGUUUGAGUGCAGAACAUCAGCGUUUGAAUCAGCAGCAGCAGCAUCACCAUCUGCCCCUCCCCCACCAUCACAACAACACUCUCGUCCGACGCGCAUCUGCUCGAGAUCGGGAUCGAGACCACGAUCGGGACAGGGACCGGGAUCGUGCGUCAUCUAAGCACCACCAAGAUAAACAUUUGCCAGCAACACCCCGCCUAAACAACCAGGACGCAGCGCCCAGCAUAUCCCUCGGCCCAGCAACCGCUGCUUUCGAACCAUCCUCUUUACGGGCCGCGGGCCCUGUCAGCAUUUCUUUAACAUCUCCUGGUUCGGCCAAGCAUUCUGCUACCAUGCUCACAGAUAUGAUGAUGGGUACACGGGCGGCGGUCGGUGCAGGCAGCAUGCCCCGUGCCGACAGUGUGUCCAGCGUCUCUGGGACAACAACGACGAGCAACCGCACUGUGUUCUUAGGAGACCACGGAGUUGGACCUGAGCUUGUGCAGAGACCAUUCGUCGUGCGCAAUGGGCGCACUUACAUCGCCGACCCGACCUUGCCAUACCCUUUACCCGUCGACCUGGAGGAGCUGCAUCGCCAGAGCCUGAAGACGAUGCUCCUGAUGCAGCUUUUCGGCCGGCCUAUAUGCUCCCCAGGCUUUGCCAACAACCCCCCCUCGCGAGUCCUCGAUGUGGGUUGCGGCACUGGCUUCUGGAGCAUGAUGUGUUACCGACAUUACGAGGCGCGCGGUCAGGCCGCUGACAUGUCCUUCACCGGCAUUGAUAUAGUACCGUUGUGUCCUUCUGGGCCAGUAGCAGCGGGCACGGAUAGCGGUAAUAGCAACCCUCAAGUUGCCCCCGUGCAGGGUAUGAAUUGGCGCUUUGUGCAGCACGACCUGCGUAAGCUCCCUCUCCCUUUCCCCGAUGCCAGCUUCGACUUUGUUAUGGUCAAGGAUAUGUCUUUGGCCACUACGACCGGCACUAUGCAACAAAGCCUGAUUGAGGAGUAUAUCCGGGUCCUGGCCCCCGGCGGCUCGCUCGAAAUCUGGGAGACUGACCACCUGCUGCGCAUGCUACGUCCUCAUAUCCCCGAACCAGCGACGACGGUCAUUCCUCAGCCUACCGACCAGAAACAGCAGCAACAGUCAUCGGACUCCAAUCACCACAAUAGCGACGACUCCCCACCCGAUGGCGACGACCCAUCCCACCACGAAACAUUUUCCCCAACCGACGUUGGCGCCUAUCUCAUGACAUCCAAGACACCACUUUCCACGCCUCUCAACAACUUCUUAGUCGAGUACAACGCAUGGGUCACCCGCGCCCUUGAAGCCCGUCAGUUACCCGUUAUGCCAUGUACGCUCAUGAGUCCAUUGUUGUUGCAAGAGGCCGAAGCCUUGACAGGUAUUGGGUCGCGUCGGUUGGCCGUGCCGCUGUCUGAAAUCCGGUGGGAGCGCGAAGGGGUUGGCGGCGUCGUCACCAAGGAUGGCAAGAGCUACAUUGAUAGCACUGGAGCUGGGAGCAAAGGAAAGUAUACUGCAAAGGACGGGAACCCGUCAGGGGGCGUGCUGCAGCCCGCGGCUGCCGCGCUUAGGAGGGCAGCUCUUGUCACGGUCGUGCAACAGAUACAAAGCUUGGAGCCAGUGUUGAGAGAAGUUAGCGGGAAAAGCCAGGAUGAGUGGGACACGUGGAUUGGGAAGAUGAUGGGGGAUUUGGUAAGGGAGAACGGGACAAAUUGGGGAGAGUGUCUGGAGGUAGGUGUAUGGUGGGCGAGGAAGCGCUGA